AUGCCGCGAGCAGAUGUGGCGAACCUCUCGCUGCGCCAAAUCAGCGAUGAGCUGCUGCCGAGGGACUCUGCUGAGAUCCAGGCAGUGGCAGCCGAAGCGCUCUCCCGCGGCAAGCGGGCGCUGCAUCUGACGGAGGACUUCGCACGGGAGCACUACAAAGACGAGGCUGCCUUGUCGCAGCUCUACGAGGUUGUUGACCGGCUGCGAGUCGCUGCGAAGGAUGUGCAGAACUACGUUGACCGGUCUCUGGUUCUCACCCAUGCCUUCGUGCCAGUCAUCGAGAGCACGUAUCCUUGCCACGGCGGCAACCAAGCGGUUUCGCUGGCACACAGCUUGCACCUGUCCCUUGGUCGGGUGAAGGAGGCAGUGGGUGGAGGAGGUGCUCACGGAUCAGGUGGGCUGCCGCCGAGCCCUGGAGCGGCGGAUUUGUUGGCUGAUACCGAACGAACCAUUGGGUCUGUGACUGGCAACACACCGGACGGUCUGCAGCCCAUACUGGAGGAGAAGGACGACCAGCCGGAGGAGAACGUUGUCAUGGCCAGCGUGCCGCUAGCAAGUCUUGCGGCAUGCAGGCUGCAGUUCCACUGCUGGCGGUGGCGGCAGGAAGAUGCCAGACGAGGUUCACUACACGGCUUCUUGUGA